ACUCUGUGAUGUAGAGCACUCCCUAAGGGGCGGAACCAAUGCGCUCUGGCCCAGGUAGGAUGGUUUUCCAUGUGACACCCGCGCCUGGUAACCGGUGCCGCGUUGCUAAGGAGAGGAGAAGAAGACGGCGGAGGAUGGGCUAGCCCGGGGCCACCGUGUACUGUGCGGGGACUCUGCACAGAAUUCCUGAUGUCCGGUACUUUAAAGGUCCUCUUGCCCUGCUUCUUCCUUCUCCCCUCCUGGAAAUAUGGGAAAAUUCCAGAGUAAAGUCAAACGCAACAGCUCGAAAUACAGGGCUGACCACCAUGCAGAGGAGACUCCUCCAGCCCAGCCAAUCACACAGCAAACCCGAGUUCACAAUGAUGGCGUUACUUACAUCUCGGCCCUGAAAUCCGACCUGUGCGUAUCGGGAGGGAAGGACAAGGCAGUUGUUGUGUCAAAUUGGAGAACUGGAGCGGCUCUGAAAAGAUUUGUGGGGCAUGAUCGAGAGGUUUCCAAGAUUUCCUGUGUGUUUGGGACAAACCGGUUCUUCAGCGCCUCACGGGACAAGACGGUUCUCAUGUGGGAUCUGCACUGCAAGGCCGGCAGUGCUCAGAAGUUUCUGGGGCAUCAUUUAUUAGUGACCGGGCUGGCAGUAAGUCCUGACUGCACCCAGCUACUGACAGGCUCCAGAGACAAUACACUGUGUAAGUGGAAUGUGGAGACCGGCCAGUGCCUGCUGAAGACUGCUGUGUCUAGAAACCUGGUAACACACCUCUGCUGGGUUCCCGGAGAGUCCGUUGUUGUUCAGACCUCAGAGGAUAAAAUUGUCCGUGUCUGGGACAUCCGUAACCUUCAGGUAGCGCACAUGUUCCCAAUGAAGCAGUACAUACAGAUGCACUGUGAUGUCAGCGAAGAUGGAAAUUACUGCCUGACCAGCAGCAAUGGCUUUGGUGGACAAGGCUGUGAAGCUACGUUAUGGGACCUCCGACAGACAAAAGACAAGGUGUGUGAAUAUAAGGGGCACCUGCAGAGCACCACAUCUUGUGUCUUUCUUGCAAAAAACACGUGGGACACCCCACUAGUGGCCACUGCAUCUCAUGACUGCACAGUGAAAAUCUGGGAACGAGACACUGGAGCAUGUCUGAGCAGCCUGUGCUUGGAUGGCUCUGGGCCAUUAUCCUCCCUGGCAGUCUGUGAUGACUCUUCCAUCUUAGUCGCCAGCUUUAACUCAGGAAUCCACUCCCUCCGUAUGCAGAGCAGCCUGGGAGCCACACUACAGCAACUCAUCAGCUUCUGAUGUCAGACUACUCUACCUUCAUCAAAGACCAAUGCCUCAUAGUACACAAGUGUCAAGGGAUGGGGCUGGAGGGUGGUCCUACCAACUUUCUGGUUUUCAUUGUACAAAACUGACAGUAUUGCCAGCAAGUUAAACCAAGUAUGGUGAAUGCAUGGGUUACCAAAAUACACUGUUGUCCACAUGACCACGUGGAGUACACUGUAAAAGCCUUCGCCCAGGAUUAUAGAAUGGCUGAAAGAUUAACCUACAAACCUGCAGACUUGAAAAGUUGGAUCACUGGAUGCUUUACUAGAGUCAUUUGGUCCAGAGCCUAAUCAUGGCCUA